AUGAGCAAGGAGGAUGCCAAAGCUGAGAAGGCGUGCUCCAGAGUCACCUGGGUCGGCCUGGCGAGCAACGUCGGCCUUAGUACGUUCAAACUGGGGGCCGGCAUCAGUAGUGGUAGCGCCUCGCUAGUGGCCGAUGCGUUCCAUUCCAUCUCGGAUCUCCUCAGCGACUUCGUCACUCUUGGUGCUGUGAAAUUGUCUCGUCGUCCACCGGACAAGNNNNGGUGCCUCGUACCUUCCCCACAGCUUCACGACAUUCAGAGACACUCAAAACGGCACUGA